CUGAAACACAGAGAUUUUUAUAUUACUUGGGAGAUUUGGAAAUGACCCUUUGAACUUAUUUCUUGGACUUGGCAAUCAAUCGACAAGCGCACGAUGGUGAAGAAGAGGCUGUCUUCCAGCGACACGGUGUUCCGGUUUGAGAGUCCAGGCAGCCCAAGGAAGGCCAGUGUGGAGGCCCCACACAGCUCCACGGACAGCCCCAGCUGGGUGUUUCUCAGCUCAGAAGCUGAGAAUGGUGUGGAGGAGAAAAAGAAAAUCUGCAGGUCGCCAACAGCCCAGUCCCCUACCCCAUCCCUGGAGGCCGAGUCCCCAGACCAGAAGAGAAUCAUUUCCCUCCGGUCAAAAUCCAGUUUUGAUGGUGCCUCUUUAGCAGGUGAUAAGAGCGAUUGUAAAACAGAAAGCAAAAAUGACCCUAAGACUGAAAGGAAAAAGUCGUCCUCUUCUAGCCAGUACAAAGCAAAUAUGCACUUUCACAAGUUGUUUCUUGAUGUUCCGACUGAGGAACCACUGAGGCAAAGCUUCACCUGUGCUCUACAGAAAGAAAUACUGUACCAAGGAAAGCUGUUCGUAUCAGAAAACUGGAUUUGUUUUCAUUCCAAGGUCUUUGGAAAAGACACAAAGAUCUCCAUUCCCGUUUUCUCGGUAACCCUAAUAAAGAAAACCAAAACUGCUCUUCUGGUGCCAAAUGCCCUGAUUAUAUCGACAGUCACGGACAGGUACAUAUUUGUCUCCUUGCUCUCCAGAGAUUCAACUUACAAACUACUCAAAUCUGUAUGUGGACACUUAGAAAGCACAAGUGUUGGUAACAGCCCCAAUCCAUCUUCGGCUGAAAAUAGUUUCCGGGCAGAUCGCCCUUCAUCUUUGCCUCUGGAUUUCAAUGAUGAAUUCUCAGAUCUGGACGGCGUGGUUCAGCAAGGGAGGCGAGACAUGGAGGGGUACAGCAGUUCUGGUUCGCAAACCCCCGAAUCCGAGAACUCUCGAGAUUUCCAUGUGACAGAAUCCCAGACAGUUCUGAAUGUCCCCAAGGGAGAAGCAAAACCAACUCGGGCAGACGGCCAUGUGAACAGAGCGCCUGAAGGAAAAGCCAAGAGUCUCUCUGUACAUGGGCCAUCAGAAACCACUGGACUCUUACAUAAAGUCAGGCCUCAGAAAUGUCCAACUCUCCACCAUAUUCUUAUAUUCUAUGCAGUUGUUGUCUGUGCACUAAUCAUUUCGACCUUCUACAUGAGAUAUAGAAUCAAUACUCUGGAGGAGCGGCUGGGGUCACUAACCUCCAUCGUGGACACCCAUAAUACUGAACAGACAGCACCAUCUGGCCUGGGGUCACAAGUACAAUUAAAUGUGGAGGUCCUCUGCCAAGAGCUUACAGCUAACAUAGUGAAAUUAGAAAAGAUACAAAGUAACUUACAAAAGCUGCUUGAGACCGGGGACUGAGCAGCCCGCGGCGACCGAGUACCUCACGUCCCCAGGGAGGGGCUCCCGGGCGCUCCGCAGAGCGCCCCCUGCCGGCCGGCGGCGCAACCCGACGAGUUGGCACCUGGAGGGCUCCGGCUCAGGAAGGGGGGGAAGGGGGACCAAUUUGGUUCUUGUGCAAUAAAAGUUGACCUUGACUCUCUGAGGAAGUUUUUGCUGCUGCUGCCUGAAGAAAACAGGCCCAUCUCUGGAGGUCUCGGGAAGAGCCCGGUAGACCCCUCUUGGAUGACUGAGGCUCAGCCGUUAGCGCGACGGCGUCAGCAGCGCUCCUCGCCUGUCUGGUCCCUGCCGCCUCGCGGCUCCCCUGCAGCCCCUAGCCGGCCUCCAACUACGGGACAUGUCAGUUCUGUACCAGCGAAUUCAGUGUGGUCCUUUGAAGAAUUAGCCGUGAGUAUCAAAAGGCAAUAAAUAAAUGGCUCUAAAUGAACAGGCUUGCUUCAAACUAAUAACGCCUACAUUUUGUUUUGUCUUUUUUUUUUUUUUCCUUCUGCUGUUGUGUUCUCGUUUAAAUUGCCUGUGUAUCUUAAUUUCUCAAUUCCGUUUUGGCAGGAAUAUCAGGCAAAGUGGAUGGAACUAUCCCGUUUACGUUUUGUUGCGGUAACUGGUAGUUAAUUGGAGUGAUUUUCACCCAGCCCGGGACAGGAAUCUGUGAGGCAUGAGACUGAAGUACUAAAUUAAACUUACUUUUAAACCAAAACUAACCUUUAAGCCAAAAGUUGUAAUAGUUAUUUAAUACAGGAUGAAAAACACUGAAUUUUUAAGAUUGUAGGUGGAUUGUGUUAGCAGUUUUGAAACAGGAUGUCUGUAUUCAGCAUUCAACGCUGAAACCCAUUUCAGCAUGACAAUGGUAUGUUUUCCUCCUUUGCUAACUAAAAUAAAGAGCUUGUGGUUUGCUAACUUUAUUUACCAUAUGGAUUGGCUGGUUUUUAUUAAUAAUUAUUUAGGGUACCAUUAGAUCUGUAAGCAUACAAGAUUCUGUACCUAUCUGCAGUGUAUUUUAUAAUCAUUUCUAUGAAAUGUAUUUUGGUUAAUCAGAUAAGCUAAUAAGUGAAUUGGUUAUAGCAUUUGUAUUUGUUAGCCUACUGGACAACAACUGUGCCUGGCGCACCGCUGGCUUUUAAUAAAUACUCAUUGGUUAAAAUGCCCUGCUAA